AUGCCGAAGAGACCAAGCGGCGAUCGCAUCGUGUCGGCUUUUCGUCAAGAAGAGGAUGCUGGUACGGCUCAGCCGCACGCCGACCCUACUGCGUCCGCACAGACUACGGGGGCCAGGACGGUUUUCGAUACACACACUGUGGAGGAUUUGCAGGGUAUGCAUGCGGCGGAUAUUUGGCAGAGUCGGGACUCGGAAAGAUGCUCAGAUGAGGCAUUUCACCGACCGCAGCAUCCUGCUGCUCACGGUGUGCUUCGCUUGAUUCUGGAGUUGAAUGGAGAGGAGGUGUUGCGUGCGGAUCCUCAUAUCGGUCUUCUGCACAGAGGGACCGAAAAGUUGAUUGAAUACAAGACGUACAUGCAAGCAUUGCCUACUUCGAUCGACUGGGUGUUAAUAUCAUUAACAGUGACAAAUGAGCUCUGCUACUCGCUUGCCGUUGAGAAGCUGCUCAACAUUGAAGUUCCAGAGCGCGCAAAGUGGAUCCGUACACUAUUCGGCGAGCUUACCCGUGUUUUGAACCAUUUGAUGGCCGUCCUGACGCACGCUAUGGAUGUCGGUGCCCUGACGCCCUUCCUCUGGGGUUUCGAGGAGCGUGAAAAGCUCAUGGAGUUCUAUGAACGCGUCUCCGGUGCACGCCUACAUGCCGCAUAUGUCCGCCCGGGUGGUGUCGCCUUCGAUCUCCCUCACGGCCUUCUGAACGACAUCUUCAUGUGGGCAACACAGUUUAGCUCCCGUGUAGACGAGAUCGAGGAGGUUGUCACUGGCAACCGUAUCUGGAAGGAGCGGACAAUUGACAUUGGGAAAAUCACUGCUAAGGAGGCGUUGGAUUACGGCUUCAGUGGUGUCAUGCUUCGCGGUAGCGGCGUGCCCUGGGAUAUUCGUAAGGUCGCCCCAUAUGACAAGUACGACGAGGUCGAGUUCGACGUUCCUGUGGGGAAGAACGGAGAUUGCUACGAUCGGUACCUUUGCCGUGUUCAGGAAUUCCGAGAGUCCCUGCGGAUCAUUGACCAGUGUCUCAACAAGAUGCCUACCGGUGCUGUCAAGGUCGAUGACUACAAGAUCGCCACGCCCCCGCGUGCGUCCAUGAAGGAGAGCAUGGAGUCGCUUAUCCACCACUUCAAGCUCUUCAGUGAGGGUUACUCCGUCCCGCCAGGCGAGACCUACUCUGCGAUUGAGGCGCCAAAGGGCGAGAUGGGUGUGUACCUUGUUUCCGACGGCUCCAACCGCCCAUACCGCUGCAAGAUUCGCGCGCCCGGGUUCGCGCACCUUGCCGGUGCGGACAUGAUGAUGAGACAUGUAAGGCACAUGCUUGCCGAUGUGGUGGCUAUUAUUGGUACAAUGGUGAGAGAUUGA